AUGGACGAAUCUGAUCAGGAGAAGACCUCUUUUGUCACAAGCCAGGGAUUAUUCUGCUACAAGGUGAUGCCCUUUGGACUCAAAAAUGCUGGAGCAACAUACCAAAGGCUAAUGAACAAGAUGUUUGCACGUCAGAUUGGCAGGAACGUUCAGGUUUAUGUUGACGACAUGUUGGUUAAAAGCGUGCACGAAGAAGAUCACCUAGAUGACCUCAGAGAAACAUUCGAUACACUUCGAUCGUUCAAUAUGAAGCUGAAUCCGAACAAGUGUGCGUUCGGAGUAACUGCGGGAAAAUUCUUGGGUUACAUGGUAUCCCAAAGAGGAAUAGAGGUCAACCCGGAGAAAGUACAGGUGAUAAUGGAAUUGGAACUACCAAGGACGGUCAAGGAGGUCCAAAGUUUAAAUGGGAAGAUCGCAGCACUAAACAGGUUCGUCUCAAGGGCGACGGAUAAGUGUUUGCCAUUCUUCCGAACUCUGAGAAAGUCAUUUGAGUGGACGGAUGAAUGCCAAAUGGCUUUCAACGACUUGAAGUCGUAUCUAUCGUCUCCACCGCUGCUCAGUCCGUCCAUACACGAAGAGGAACUCUACCUUUAUUUGGCAGUCUCGAGUGCCGCUGUAAGCGCAGCCUUGGUAAGGGAAGAGGACGAUAUACAGAAACCCGUCUACUUUACCAGCCGUGCGCUCCGAGGAGCAGAAGAGAGGUACCCUCAGUUGGAGAAGUUGGCUUUCAUGUUAGUAAUUACUGCGCGGAGACUUAAGCCAUACUUCCAGGCGCAUACAAUCAUUGUCUUAACGGACAAGCCGCUGAGAAAAGCCAUGCAUAGCCCAGAAGCAGUAGGAAGGAUGGCUUUAUGGGCGAUAGAGCUAAGCGAAUUCGACAUCCAGUACCGCCUGCGAACAGCCAUAAAAGGACAGGCAGUAGCUGACUUCAUCGCCGAGUUCACACUCGGGGAGGACCAGUUGGUAAAAGAGAAGGAACAGUGGAGUAUCCACAUAGACGGAUCCUCAAACAGACGAGCCGUAGGAGCCGGAGUAGUGAUAAAAACUCCACAGGGGGACACGAUACAGUGCAUGAUCAGACUGGAUUUCCCAACAACAAACAACGAGGCAGAGUAUGAAGCCCUGGUCGCGGGGCUAGACCUUGCGAAUGCUGCGGGUGCAAAAAGCAUAAUUGUCCACUGCGAUUCACAAGUGGUCACAAGUCAGAUCAAUGGCAACUACAAGUGCAAGAACGAUAGAAUAAAGAGAUAUCUGGAAGAAGUGAGGUACCGAAUCAACAGCCUCGAAGUCGAAUUCAUUCAGGUCCCAAGAGAAGAGAACGAAUGGGUUGACCAACUAGCAAAAGCUGCAUCAGCCGAAUUCAUGCUGGUUCCCGAACAGGUAUUAUCAUUAGUCCAAAUAUCUUCACUUAUCGAUGACGGGACAAAUAUACAGGUGGUGAACUCUGAACAUAACUGGACCACGCGAUUGAUCUCCUACCUAAGGGACGGGGUGUUACCAGAGGAAAAGGGUGCUGCAAGGAAGCUAAAGGUCCAGGUGUCACGAUUCGUGCUGAUGAAGGAUGUCCUAUACAAAAGGGGUUUCUCUCGACCGUACCUAAGGUGUUUGUGCCAAGAAGAAGCAGACUAUGUGAUGAAAGAAGUACAUGAGGGUAUCUGCGGAAACCACUCAGGCGCACGAUCACUGGUACACAAGCUGAUUCGAGCAGGAUACUACUGGCCUACAAUGAUGAAGGAUGCGCAAGCUUAUGUCCAGUCUUGUGACAAAUGCCAGAGGUAUGGGAUACCCAAGGUGUUGGUCUCUGACAACGAAAAGCAGUUCGACAACAGCAUGUUCAGAGACUUCUGCGCGGAGCUAGGGAUCAAGAAUCACUACUCAUCACCCGCACACCCACAGGCAAACGGGCAAGUUGAGGUCACGAACAGGUCCCUACUCAAGAUAAUUAAGACCCGUCUCGAGAGGGCAAAGGAUACCUGGCCAGACGAACUACCAAGCGUCCUAUGGGUAUACCGAACCACAGCAAGAACACCUACUGGAGAAACCCCAUUCCGACUCGCAUAUGGAACCGAAGCUGUCAUUCCCGCAGAAGUGGGGCUCACGAGUUACCGGGUGGAGAGCUACGACGAGGAUACGAACAAAGUGGGUAUGCGCCUCCAGCUUGAUCUACUGGACGAAGUUAGGACAACAGCAGAACAAAGGUUGGCGCGCUAUCAGGAUCUCAUGGCAAAACACUACAACAACAAAGUGAGGCACGGGGACUUCCAGGUCGGGGACCUCGUACUACGGAAAGUAAUGGGUAUCGCCAGAGAUCCUUCGCAAGGAAAACUCGGCCCCAACUUGGAAGGACCCUACAGGAUCGCGUCAUGGCAAAGGAAGGGAACCUACCACCUCGAAACGAUGGACGGACGAAAGCUACAGCACCCUUGGAACACGGAGCAUCUUCGGAAAUACUACCAGUAG